CAACAGUUGUCAACUAAGCUGCAAUGAACCAGUUAACCUUUGUAAGCUGCCUUUUGUUCUGGUCCGGGUCCCAGGCUGCCUUCCAGGACUUUGUGAUUGGACCUGAAUCCUAUGAAGGUGGUAACGAUGUCGCCCCGUUUGGUCAAGAAUUUUCGGAUGAGGUGGGUGAGGAUAUAAUGGUGUCAUUCCAGGAUGUACAGCAUGAUGGAAUAGUGGAUACCAAUUUACUGAUGAAAGCUCUAGUGCAGCAUGCGAAUCGUUUGGGCAUGAGCCUGGAUGAACUUGCUAGCUUAAAUAUGCAGUCAGAAGAUGAGGAAUCUAUGAACCAACUUGGGUGUUCAGCUGGGCAAGACGUCUUCGGAUACCCAGAAAAGCCCACUUGGCGGGAUGUACUCUUUAACUAAG